AUCCAGAAUCAUACACAGUUUAUGUUUGUAUAUAUGUAUAAUUCAUUCUCAUUUUCGGAUUAUUAUAUUUUUGUUAUAGAUAAAUGAUAAUAAAUAUAUGCAGUUAAUGUUGAGUAUAAAAAUUAUAUACAAGAAGGAUGGCCGGUUUGCAUUUAAUAAAAACAUACUCUUCCGACUCGGACGAAGAUAAGCACGAUGAAGAGAAAGAUGACGAUAAAAUUAUAAACAAGCAAACUAAGCUAGCCUUACCUACAAGUAUUUUAUCGUUGAAAGGAGUUACAUAUCAUGAAGAAGUGAUUGACGAUCCAUCAGAGCAUGAUGGACGGAUACGAAGCUUCCAGCAUGAACGUGGUAACUGGGCAACUUUGGUUUACAUAGAUUAUACUACUAGUGAUUGCCUUCAUACCUGGAUGAAAUCUAUAUUGAAUGAAUUACCAGUCCAAGGCGAGAUUAUUUCUAGUCUUCAUAUUAGUCUAAGUCGUACUUUGAUCCUAAAGUUUCAUUGGAUUGAAUCAUUUGUGGAGGGUUUGAAAUUGAUAUGUCGUCGAUUCCAUCAAUUCGUUGUACAACUCACAGAUGUGAAAGUAUAUUGCAAUGAGGAACGAACUCGUACAUUCCUUGGAAUUUACUGUCAAGAUGAGGAUGGUACAUUGAAGCGCUUAACAGAAGCUAUUGACUGUUUAUUAGCUGAAUAUCAAUUGCCAUUGUUUUAUAAGGAUAUUUCGUACCACAUCAGCUUCUUCUGGUGUCUCGGAGACAAGCAAAUGUAUUUGAAAAAAAUUUUGCCCUCUCUUACUUGUAGUUUAAAUACAUUUUUGGCAGAAAAUGUGGAAGAUACUUAUGUACAUGUCAAGGAGAUACAAUGCAAAAUUGGGAAUAAAUGUUAUUCCUUUGAACUGAAAAAUUCUCCUUAAAAUCUAUUUUAAAUUAUACAACGUAACCUAUUAUAUGUAAAUAAAGAAACUAUCUUAAUAAAUCUUCCCAAUGGAAGUAGGAGAGAGUGAAAAUAAGACUUGCUUGUUCGAGAAAUGGAAAUGAC